GACAUUUAGAAAUCAUUAGUAAGAUGACAGUAUCUUUGUCAGUUUUGUCAACAAUUUUCUCACAAAAAUGCAGAAAUGUAUGGUGAAAUUAUUUUAAACAGCUUGUGCGACCUUAUUUUAUCGAAAUUUUAUUAAUUUUAAUGUUUUAUAUCAAUAAAUUUAAACGUUAGUGCAUUCGUGAAAGUAUCUUUGUUAAUACUUUUGUUUAGAAACAGUUUCGUUCUAAUUAUUGUAUAUUUCUCUUAUCAAUUUAAUAAUGUAAGACUAGUUUAUGCUCCAAGAUGACCAGCAGGGGUUAUUAUAAUGAAGAAACUCCAUUUUUAUAUAACACGGGGGACGAACCGGCUGAAACGGAUGGCAUGGAAUGCCUUCAGCUGCGCCAAUCGACCGGACCAUUCCACUACCUUAUCAGCGAACAAGCGAAAUCUCUGGUCGCUUUGCAGGAGCUCCAGCAUGAGGUGGGGGCCCUGUUGGAGUUCCGCGAUCUCGUCAUCGAAACUUUCCCGAACCUCCGCAGUAAAUUGGCGUCUUCAACGCCGGCGACGAUGACGUCCCAUCACCAUUCCAACAUUCCCGUAUCGAUAAGACCGGGCGAUUGGACGCCGGGCGUAAGAGUGAGAAAGAAAAUAGGCGGCAAAGAGGAGAGGAAGAAAGUCGGAGAUACGGCGGUUCAGGAUUCCGGUUUUAGUACGGAAACGUCUAGUAAAGAAACGCACAGCGCUUCCUCGACGGCUCUGGCGAAUUCUUCGGCCGCUGGCGUUAUAGAACCGGAGGACGAUAUAGAGGACGAACUUUGGAACCUUUUGGAUAUCAUACAUCGCAAAGGUACCAGAUUGAAAGAUGAAGCGGAAUUGCUGCAAGGCGCUAUCAGAAAUCGAGGCGAUCGACGAACCGACGGCGAUUCCUUCAAUCGAGUUUUGUUUUCGUCGUGCCCUUCGUCGUCGUCGUCGUCGUCGUCUUCGGACGUUCGAAAACUCCGUCAAGAACGGGAUCUGCUUCUGGAUCGAUUGGCGGAAAUGGAGGCCGAAGUUUUGGCCGGCAGGGUUCACACUUGCCGUUUGCAAGAGGACCUCGAAAAUUUGAUGUCGACCAAACAAGAUUUGGAGGAACAACUCAAAGCUGUCAUCGACCAAAGGGGCGAAGUGAAUUCGCGAAUUCACGAUCUUCACCUUCAGUUUGUGACUAAAAGCGGUGCCGGUGGUGGUACGCAACAACCGUCGGAAAGUGAAAAAUUUCUUAAGGACAUUUCUUCGACAUCGACGAUAGCGAAUUGUAGUCAAAGGACUAAUCGAAAAAGUGUCGGUGUCCGUCAUAUCGAUUUAGUGUUUAGUGAUGAAAAUAUGCCGAAAGUAGCUGUGCCGGAUACGGAAAAAAUAGCCGCCAUUUUGAAAGAACGCGAUCCUUUGGUGUUGCAAAAACAUCUAUUGACGACUACCGUCAAAAACCAGGUCCUUAGAGAACAAUUAGAUACGGUGACUGGUAUUGAAGAAGGGCUAAGGGACAGACUAAAUAGGUUUAGGGAAGAAAAUGAAGACUUAAAAUUCCAGUUGGAAGAUCGAACGAUAGAAUUGGAAGGCACCAGGGCGCGGAUACGUUUGCUGGAAGACCUCCGCAAACCCUCGAACAAAACCAGCUCGCCCGAUAUAAUCCCCGCUUUAGAUUCGACGCCUCCGGCUCGUCCCCAAUCGCGUACCGAAAUUUCUACGGCCAGUAUGAAGGCGAUGUGUCCUUUGAUAAUGAACAGUAUGAAAAAUUUGAAUUUGCAAUCGGAAAAUUUCGGCAGUCCCGAAUCGGAACGCGAUCGAUCUUCUGAAAAGGAUAAAAAGGACAUUGGCAAAACGAAACGACCCAGUAAGAUACCGUUGAAAAGUUACACGGCGCCGAAACCACCAGGAGGUAAACACAGCCCAGCACCGUCGAGCACGCGUUACCGCAACGGCGAUUCACCCUGUAGACCGCAUUCGGCGCAAUCCUGGACCAAAACCAAAUCCGAAGCGAACAGUUUGAAUUCCAAAAGCAAUUCACUAUCGAAAUCCCGGAACGGUUCCUUGGUAACAACUAAGGAUUCGUUAUCGGGAAAAUUGAGAUCGAGCGAUUCGUUCCAGAAGUUGAACGGUUCGGCGACGAAUACGUUCGGCAGGAACGUCCAGAAGAAGAGUUCGAGCGUUAGCGCCGCUAAUAAAAAGGAGAACAACACUCAAAGUGAUAAGAUUCCAGACUCAAAUUUAGCAAAAGAAAGAUCUCCGUCUCCAUGGAUUCUCUCUUCAUAUAACAGCGAUCCGGAUAUAACUCUGGAUCGGGAAUUGGAAACUGCCUAUCCAGAUUCUUUGGAUAGGAACGAUAGUUUUCGUUGCCCCGCCGCCGGUCCGGACCCCCUUCGGAAUGGGGGGGACGAGUUUUACGACAGCAUCGACGUUAACGUGGCUUCCAGUAUGUUCCAUAACGGGGGGGAAGAUAUGGCCGAGUGCGAUUCAUUGGAAGGGCAGCUGCUGUCGGAUUUUUUAGAAAAAAACUAAUUUUUGCGUCGAUUUUCAUCAUUUGCCUUUCGUUGCUGACGAUUUUCUUCUGAGGGUAUGUAAAAUAAUCGAUAACAUACAAAUAUCUCGAACGACCCUCGUAAAUCAUGUGAACAUUCCAUUUUUUUUUCCAAAAUUAUCACUAACGUUACAAAAAAAUAAUUUUUCCUAGCGAUAAAUCGAUUUUAUUCAUAUACAGCGGUGGAUAGAAAAUUUUAUGUCACUUUUCGAACCGUCCUCGUAUAAUAGAAUUAAAUAUUCACUCAUAACGACAAAAUUUGUAUUUUUUUUUUUACGAAAAAAGUCUGUUUACUAUUCACCGUCCUAAUUCGGAUAAUUAAUUUUGUUCUUAAGAUGGUUACACGCGCACCGGUUUUUUUACCGGACGGUUUAAAAUCGUGUCGGGAUGAAACCGGUUGCGUUUUUUUAAUGUUUCGCCGACGGGACUUGAUGAAUUGGUGCUCGUAUAUAUCACGGAGGUGAAUGAAUGCGUCUUAGUGUUAAUAUAUAUAUAGUUUAUAUAUGCCUUAUUGAUACGAAAUUGUACGAGAUGUAAUAUGAUAUAUUUUUAGGUGAUAAUUAUUUAUUUUUCGCAAAAAUUUCGCUUUUUCUUCAAUUUCAGGAGGUUUUGAUUUUCGAAAAUUCACUAAAAGUCGAAAAAAGUCAAAAAAAAAACAAAAUCUUAGUCUUUUUCGAUAAAUUCGCAUAUUUUAUUUAAUUUUAAUCACAAAAUUUCUCUUACUUUCAAUCUACUACCAAUGUUAUCAUUAAGCUCGUUUUACACGUACCGGAAUUAUUGCCGCGCGGUAUAAAAUCGCAUAUAAAUGCGGCGUUUUCAAAUUUUUCGAUCCUUGAAGUUACUAUCCUUAGAAAAUGUGAAUAUUUUAAGAAUUUUACCGUGUUUUCACGAUUUUAAUCGUCGUUAAGCAAGUUUCACACGUAUCGGAAUUUUCGCCGCACCGUUUCAAAUCUUAUAAAGCUGAAAAUAUACUUUUGGACAUUUUCUCUUCGGCUGAAAACACAAUUUCAACAUUUUUUGUAAACGAUUAUUGUUAUCAUUAAGCUCGUUUUACACGUACCGGAAUUAUUGCCGCACGGUAUAAAAUCGCAUAUAAAUGCGGCGUUUUUAGGUUUUAAGAUCUUUGGAGUUAUUAUCCUGGACGUUUUGGAUGUUUAACUGUAUUUUAACAAUUUUAAUCAACGUCAAGCUAGUUUCACACGUACCGGACAGUUAUGAAUCGUAUUAAAUUGAAAAAGAACAUUUGAACAUUGUCUCUUUGGUUUACUUGUCAAUUUUGGACGAAACAUUCAAUUUCACUAUUUUUUAUAUAAUCUAUUAAUUAUUGUUAUCUUUAAGCUAGUCUCACACGUACCGGAAUUAUUGCCUUGCGGUUAAAACCGUAUAAUGGUGAAAAUCGACUUUUUGGGGGUUUUUGAAUAGUCAAACCGUUUAAAGAAUUCAAAUAUUCUCCAACGAUAUUAAUUAAUUAAUAUUUUUAAAAAAUUUUAAUUUGUGUAUGACUGUGAUAAGUAUUAUGUAUGAAGAAAAGUUUAAAAGGCAAAAUAUUUGGUUAAAAAAAAGCAUAAACAACAAUAGUACGUUUAACACAAUUUUACAGACUAUUAUAAUUUAUAUUUUAUCCAAUGAACAUUGAAUUAAUGAUCAAUUUGGCAACAUCUAUUCAAAAUUUUUCCAGGAACGUAAAGAAUUCUUUUGAAAAUAGUUUUUCGUAAAAACAUUUUUUGUUUAAAAUUUGGUCAAUUUCAGCAGUUGAUUUCAACACAAAAAUAUUCUCCCUCUAGUUGGGGUGGAACUCACGAUGUCAAAAUUUCAUUAAAAACGAUGCAGAUUUGUGGAGGUGAAAACCUCGCAAACUAAAUACUUUCAACUAACGUUUAAUCAAAUGGAUGUUUUUGCUGUUACUAUUUUUUUCAAAGAUGAUUGGACUAUAAUUUUUUUUAAAUCGAUGUAUUUUCAUCUGGUCUUUCGGUAGCUUUCAUUUAAUCAGUAUUUCAACAAUAUUAUGCAGUAUUAUUUUUUUUUUGUACGACAUAAUUGAAAAGAUUUUCAAAAAAUAUGACGGACUUUAUGGAAAUACAUUUUUUUAACCCUCAAAAUUUUUGUGAUAUGUAUCGAAAUGCUCAUCACGCAAAUAUUAUUAUUCGUAUUUUACUAUAAAUGAUGUUCCAUUAUUUGGGACAACCUGUACAUAUAUAUAUCUCACUAUAUUAUUCUAGAUAUUAUCAUUGCAAUUUACCACUAUUAUAUUUUAUUAAAUAAAAGAGCAGAUUUAUAAAAUACUUACUUUGUACUAUUUAAUUAGAAAAUAUUUCUCGACUGAAACGUUUUAUGAAUCUGUUGAUUUGUACAUAAAUUUUCUUCCGUUUGUAUUAUAAAAAUCACGUAUUAUAAAUAAAAUGUUACAUUUUCA